GUGAUGCCGUCUCCACUGAGACUCCGGAUCCUAACAGCUGGAAGCUAAAAACAGGCUCCAUGGAGUACACAGGGAGCAAAUAUAUCGGGGAAUAUGUAGAUGGGAGGAUGGAGGGCAAAGCCAAGUACAUCCUCCCUACUGAAACAAUAUAUGUUGGGGAAAUGAAGGACGGUGUGUUUCAUGGCGAAGGAACUCUGUACUUCCCCAGCGGGAGCCAAUACGACGCUGUUUGGGAAAAUGGAUUGGCCAUAAAGGGCACAUACACCUUUGCAGACGGGCUGCACUAUGAUGAGAAGAACUGGCAUUACUGCGACGGCUAUGAUCGGAGGUUUUACACAGAGAUCCUCAAUGGCCUGAAGCCUGCAGGUAUGGCUCAACUCACCAAUAUGGACCCACCUAGAAAAAUACCCAAGGGCUAUUACGAUUGUGGAGAUGGCUUCUAUAACCCCGUCACGAGGGUAAUCAAGGACUACAGGAACCGCUUUCUGAGAAACGCAGGUAGGUUUCUUUCGACACUGCAGCACAUUUUCUCUUCAUCCACAUAUAAGUAUGUGCAUCCGUAUGUACAAAUGUAUGCACACACUUGAUGAGAAAAACGCUUUUGCUGAUGAAAGACAAAAAUUGAUUACCUGGAUGUUUUAUCUUGUGGACUUCUCAUGGCAAAUCUGUACAUAGUCCUAGAGGGAGGUAAAAGGACAUUCGUGGUCUAGCUGUGACGGCACAUAAAUGUUGCACUGAAAGGAUUAAGGUACUCAUUUUUGCAUGCAUUCCUUCGAUUUUAAUGGGCACCUACUAUAUGCUAGACACUGUGCUUGGUGUUGGGGAAAAAGCAGAGCAAAGCUGGACACAGCCCCCCUUCCUUGUGGAGCUUGCAUUCUAAAGGUGGCAGCGUAGUACUAGAAACAGUUAAUUGCAUCAUGGAACAAACACAAUGAAGGGCAAAACAUGGUCCUGCAGGGAAGGGAAAGUAGGGGCCCCAGAGAGGUGGGACAGAUGCUGUGGGAGCACAAAGAAGGGAUAUCAAAUCCCGAAGUGGUAUAAGUCAGAGAAGGUUUCAAGGAGGAAAUGACUUCUAAGCUAAGACCUGAAGAAUAACUGGGAUUUGACCACAAGGCUUGGGGACAGGGUUUUCCAGCGAGAGGAAAUGGCACAGGCAACAACCUAGAGGGGAGUGAUCCCUUGAGGUCUAAGAAGGUUGGUUCAUCUUUUAGUCAGGGGAGUAGGUACCUUGGAGGAUCCAGAACCUCAGUUUGGUGAGUCAACACAAGGCUGAUCAGACUGAGAAGAACCCA